AUGUCCACCACUCUUAACGAACGCGAGCUGGUCUUCCUCGGCCAGGUCUGGCAAUGUAUGAAGUCCGUUCCUGACGUUGACAUGGACAAGCUCUUCAGCAUGGCCGGUUACAAGACCAAGGCUUCCACAAACACUGCCUACCACAAGCUCAAGGCCAAGAUCAAGUCUGUUAGCAGCACCGCCGAGGCUGAUGAGGCCGACGCUGAGGAUUCUGCCGCUCCCUCUUCUCCUGUGAAGAAGAGCCGUGGCAAGAAGGCUGUUCUCGUUAAGGCUGAGUCUGAUUCCGAGGAUGACGACGAGACCGAUGAGAUUGCCCCUACCAAGCCUACUGCCUCUGGCAGACCUUCCAGAGUUAUCGCCAAGAAGCAUGCCGCCGUGAAGGCUAAGACUGCUGCUCGUCCUUCGAUCGGCCGUGCCACCCGUGCUUCAGCCAGAACUAACAAGCUGGACGUCCAGAUGUCCGAGGACUCUGAUGAGGAUGUCAUCAAGCCCAUUGGAAAGGGCCGCGCUGUCAAGAGAGAUUCCACCCCCGAGGCAGACCUCGCCUCCGUCUCCGCCAUGAUUAUGGCCGCCACCAGCGUCGACGACGAGGAUGUCGCCGGCCCCGCCCACGGUGUCAAGCGCGCCGCCACCCAGGUCCCCUCCGACCUUGACGAUUUCGAAGUCAAGCGUGUCAAGGGCGAGGACGAGGUCCUCGAGGGUGUCGAGACCCGCUCCGUCUCUGACGCUGCCUCUAACGCCGCCUCCUUUGGCGACACCGUCCCCUCCGACACCGAGGCCGACAUCCACCAAGUUCCCGUCGACGACGGCGAGCUCGCCCCUAUCGUCCACGAUAUCUAAGGAGAAG